CUCUUCCGGUUAGGCCUACACGCCUUUCCCCAUUGCGAAAGCGUCGUCUCUGCCGUGUAUGGCCGUGGGAUCAGCGUCGGCGGCCAGCAGCAGCAGCAGCCUGGAAAACCAGUGAAGCGUCGGAUGCGGCGGCCCGUCCGGCGGUCGGGAGCAGUGCGUGUGGCAGUGUGUGGCAGUGCGGGCAAUCGUCGCUAGUGGGGCCGCAGCGUGCGCGAUGUGAGCGCGCAAAGCUGGCCAAGCCCCGGUCGCGCAGCUGGACGGACUGCCUGGUGUCCGGCCCGUGGCCGGCGCCACCGCCGCCUCCGCAGCGCUCGGUGUCGUCGCUGCUCUCGGCGGCAGGCGGAGGCCUCGCCGGCUCCUGGUACGGCUCGUUCGGCUCGCACGCCGCGCCCAUGGACCUGGGCCCGAGCCUCGCCGAGUGGACGCGCGAGCAGCCGCUCAGCAUCCUGCAGUUGGACCCGGCCGAUCGGGCCGUACUCCGCAUCGCCGACGAGCGAGACGCGAUCCAGAAGAAGACCUUCACCAAGUGGGUCAACAAGCAUCUGAUCAAGGCGAACAAGCGUGUGGAUGACUUGUUCGUGGACCUCCAGGAUGGCCACAGUCUGCUCUCGCUGCUGGAGGUCCUCUCUGGGGAGACGCUGCCCCGCGAGAAGGGCCGCAUGCGGUUCCACAUGCUGCAGAACGUGCAGACGGCGCUGACCUUCCUUCGAUACCGCAAGGUCAAGCUGGUCAACAUCCGCGCCGAGGACAUCGUCGACGGGAACCCCAAGCUCACGCUGGGACUCAUCUGGACCAUCAUCCUGCACUUCCAGAUCUCGGACAUCACAUUCACUCAGAACAACGAGAACCUAACUGCCAAGGAUGCUCUCCUUCGUUGGGCUCAGCGAACUACCGACCGGUAUCCGGGCGUCAAGGUGCGGGACUUCACCACCAGCUGGCGCGAUGGACUGGCCUUCAAUGCAAUCAUUCACCGAAAUCGACCCGACCUCGUGGACUUUCGUUCGUGCCGGACACGAACAGUCCGCGAGAACCUUGAGGUGGCCUUUUCAGUGGCCGAGCGAGAGCUCGGUGUUACAAGACUGCUUGACCCUGAAGAUGUGGACACACCUCAGCCCGAUGAAAAGUCCCUCAUCACGUAUAUCUCCUCGCUGUAUGACGUGUUCCCUGAGCCAGCGAGCCACCACCCAUUUGCGGAAGACGAGAAGCUGCGCAAGGCGGAAGAGUACAGAGACCUCUCGAGCAACCUGCACAUGUGGCUCCGUCAGAGUACGACACUGUUGCAGAGCCGCAGCUUCCCACCCACGCUCUCUGAGGUGAAGCAGCUGCAGACGGAGAAUGCGCGCUUCCGCCAAGAGGAGGUGCCUCCGCGGCUGCAGGACAAGCAGCGGCUGACCAAGCUGUGGCGCGACGAAGUGCACUCGUUGGUGCGGGAGCAGCGGCUGCACGUGGAUGCGGAGCUUACACCCGACAACCUCGAGGCAUCCUGGCAGCGCAUGCUGACGGCACACGCCGAACGGGAGCGUGCUCUAAAGGAUGAAGCAGUACGGCUGGAGAAACUGCAGAGACUUGCUGAAAAGGUUCAUCGUGAGGCCAAGAACUGUGACGCCCGCCUGGACGACGUGGAGAGGCGCAUAUCGGACGAGGAGCCACGGCUUGGGCGGCUGCACCCGGCCGACGCCAAGCGCGUCUGUGACCAGGUGGACCGUGACUUGCGCCAUAUUGAGGACACCCUCAAGGCUCUUUUCCGAGAUGUGCAGCUGCUUUUUGAUGGCCGUUACCACCGGGCUUCAGAGCUGCACAAGCUGGUCCAGAAAUUGCACCAGCGCUGGUCCGACCUCCGGUUGGCAUACCAGCAGCGGCUGCUGGCGCCGCUCUCGAGCAAGCAGUACAAGCUGGAGGAGCGCAAGGUGACCAAGCAACGACAGGUGAUCUCCGAGAGCCGACUGGUGGAGACGCACGAGUACCUCAAGUUCCUCCAGAGUUGCCUCGACUGGGUGCAGGAGAAGCUGCGCCAGCUCGAGACUGUCGAGUGGGGCUGCGAGGUGCCCGCGGUACAGGCGGCCCUAGACCGGCACCAGGCCGACCACCGGCUCAUUGACCAAUUCCAGAAAAAUGUGGACAUGUGCAUCUCUAGGCAGGGACACUUCGAAGAAGGCAGCGAGGAGCGGGCGCAGUACCAGAAGCAGCUGGCGCAGCUGGAGCGCGGCUUUUCCGAGCUGCUGGUGCUGUCCAACAAGCGGCUCAGUGACCUGGAUGCACUGCUCGAGUUCGCCCAGUCGGCAGCAGCUGAACUGCGCUGGCUGCAGGAGCGGCAGCAGCCAGAAGUCAUGCGUGACUGGAGCAGUCCAACGCUGAAUCUGGUCGAUCUGGAGCAGCAUCAGGGAACACUGACAGCCGAAGUCGAGGCACGUGAAUCGACUUUCAACGCAACGUUGGACCUGGGAUCGUCCCUCGUGCGUCAGCAGCACCCGGCUGCGCGUGCCAUCGAGGCCCAGCUUAGCGCACUGCAGGCACAGUGGGCUUGGCUGCUCGAGCUGCUGCGUGCCCUGGAGGCCCACCUGCGACACGCCGCGCACUACCACCAGUUCUUCAAGGAGGCUCGUGAGUGCGAGCAGUGGUUGCAGCGCGGAGAAGAACGACUCAACACGACUUUCAGCCGACCCAGCUUCUCGCUGGAAGAGGGUGAGCGGUUGCUGCAGCAGAUGCAGGAGCUGCGCGAGGACUUGGCACGCUACGCGGGCAUCGUCAACGCGUUGCUCGAGCGUUCUCGCCAGGUGCUGCCCCUCAAGCAGCGCCGCGCACCUUUGCCCCGUCCUCUGCGAGUUACCGCUGUGUGCAGCUACAGCCAGCUGAAUAUGACGGUGGCUCGUGGUGAGCAGUGCUGGCUGCAUGACAACACACAGAGGGACCGAUGGAAGGUGGCCAAUGCCAAGGGACACGAAGGCCAGGUGCCGGGUGUCUGCUUCAUGAUCCCACCUCCCAACCCAGAGGCUAUUGAACUGGCCGAGAGCCUCAAACGCAAAUAUGACCUCGUGGUGAAGCUGUGGACUAAGAAACAGCACAAGCUGCGGCUCAACAUGAUCUUUGCCACCAUCAAGAUUGUCAAGGCCUGGGACCUCAAGACGUUCCGGGCUAUGGAGCCAAGCCAACGAGAGUCCAUAAUUCGUGCACUCAAUGAGGAUGCUGAGAAGCUUCUCGCCGAAGGUGACCCUACCGACCCAGACAUGCGACGUCUUCGCGAGGAGAUUCGUCUCUGCAACAAGUUGUUCGAAGAUCUCAUGGCCAAGCUCCGUGAGGAGGAAGCCGAGAAGUCACCGGAGAGCCCGAGUCGCCGUUUUGCAGACCUCUCGGCUCGUCUUGAGAAACUGCUACAGGAGAAGGAGCGCACAUUGAACUCGCGGACACAGGCACACAUACCACGAGACGUCGACAGCCUUGAUGCCCUCGUGGUGCAGCACAAGGAGUUUGAAGAAGGCCUGCAGGAUCUGGAGCCACAAGUGGCCGAGAUGCGGGUGGCCUUCAAGCAAAUGACCAAAAAGACGCCAACAACUCAGGAUAGGCAUGACGGUGUGGUGCGCCUCUGGGACCGCAUCUGGAAUCUCUCUCACCUCUACGUCGAGCGGCUCAAGGCCGUGGAGAUUGCCAACCACGGCCUCUCGGAGGCAACCACAUUUGUUUCAUCCGUCGAAGAGCAGCUUGCCGCGCAGGGGCCAAUGCCCGAAGAGCAGACUGCUUUGAGGCAGGUGCAUGAAGAUCUGGUUGCACUGCAGCUGGAGCUCCAGCAGCAGCAACCUCAGCUGGACCGGCUCGCAGAAGACGUGGCCAGUGUCCGAAAGGUGACGGAGCGCUCGCGUCCCAACGCCUAUUCUCAUCCGGAUGUCCGUAAAUUGGAGGAUGACCUGCGAAAGGUUGUGCGCCGUUGGGACAACGCAGCCAACCAACUGGCUGAACGGUUGCGCAGUUGUGAAGCAGCCUCUGAGCUCCUGCGCGCCUACCGUAACAAGAUGGACGAAGAGCGGAACUGGGCCAGCCAGGCGACGGUGCGAGUGAAUGCAGUCAAGACAGCCCGACCCUCCGUGGACCGGCAGCAGGCUCUGGACCUGUACACUGAGGUCAGUGGCAGGCGGCCGCGCAUUGAGGAGGUGAACGUGCUGGGAGGAAGGUUCACCCGGGAGGCCCAGAUCUACGGCCUGCGGCUGCAGCGCUUUGCCGAGGGCCUCGAGCAAGACCACCCGAGCCUGGACGGCAGCCUGGCUGCGAAACGGCGCCGACUCGAGACGGGUGGGAGCGGUGCUGUGGCGGCUGAAGUGAAUGAGCUCAACGCUCGCUACCUGGCCCUGGCUGAGGACCUGGCAAAAGCACUUGACCAGCAGUGCACUGCUGUGCUGACCGAGACUAGUGCAGUCAAGACACUGACCAAGACAAGGGAGUUCAAGACCUUCACCGAGACCAGUGCUCCCAGGACAUUCGCUGAGCCUGGGGCACCAAGGGCUUCACCUGCUGAAGAAGCGGCAGCCGACGAAGUGUCAUUACCUGAUAUUGUCCGAAGUGGAGCCCUGAGGAUAGAUCGAUGGCUGUUUGUGGACAUUGCCACAGGACAGGAGUACAGCUUGGAUGAAGCUGCUGCCAAGGGGCUUCUAGAUUCAAGGCUCAAGGCUGCUCUUUUGGAACCCUGUGGCAUCAGGGAUGCCUCGGGCACUGAGCUGAGUCUGCGUGCUGCCAUUGAUAAACGGCUGUAUGACCCUGAACGGGCCACUUUCCUGAGCCCCAAAAGUGGCCGGCCAAUCACUGUUGAGGAGGCCAUUCAGCUCGGGAUCAUAAAACGAGAAAAAGUGGUGUACUUGCUUAGGCUUCGUUUGAUCAGGGUAACUGAGCUGUCACUGGCUGAGGCGCGCGACCGGGGCCUGGUGAAUCUCAUCACCGGCUUCAUCAACGAUCCGAAUACCGGUAUCCCAGUACCUCUUGAUGAGGCAUUUGCUAAGGGUUGGUUGGUACGUGAACGAGUUGAAGAUAGUGAGGGCAUGACUUUGUCAUAUGCUUUAGACACCGGGUUGGUGGACGAUGCCACUGGGAAGCUGAGAGACCAGCACUCAGGGGACCAGUACACACUGCGAGAGGCACUGGCGCAGGGCCUCCUCUCUGCAGACACUGCAGAAGUGGCGGAUACGCGUGAGGGAACAUUAGUGACCCUGCCUCGAGCCCUGCGUGAUGGGCUAUUGCUGGAUACGGGCCGAUAUGUAAACCUUGCUACUCAAGAGCAGCACACACUAUCCGAGGCACGAAAGCGACUGUUGCUGAAUCCUCCUCUGACUCUCAAGGAUGCUCACGAUCGUGGUCUAUUAGAUGAGGAUGGUCAGGUGAAAAAUCCAUGGACUGGCACCUGGAUGACUCUUCUCGAGGCCAUUGCAGUUGGUUUGCUGGACCCUUAUGUCAAGUGCAUUGUGCAUCCGCGAACUCAGGAGGCACUGUCACUUUCUGAAGCUCUUGCACAGGGAGUCGUUACACCCGAUGGCAGGUUUGUCAAUCUCGUAACUCGUGAAGUGCUUACCCUCAGCCAGGCAGUACGCCUUGGUUUUGUUACAUCUGUUUGCCAAAAAACAAUAUUCAAUGUCUCAUCCUUCCAGGACCCCGCAUCCAGUGAGAGCCUUAGUUUCAACGAUGCUGUAGCGCAAGGUCUUUUAAAUCCUAAAACUGGUGUUUUCACGUGCAAGGACACAGGACGUGAAAUUCCCUUUGAAAAGCUUGUUGAAGAGCAGGUCAUGCAGCCACAAAUUUUUGAGAUGUUUUGCAGGAAAAUUGGCUUGAAGGGUGACACUGGACGAGAGCUUACACUCUCAGAGGCUGUGUUUGAGGGUCUGAUUGAUCCAAGCACUGGCCAGAUACGUGACAGAAAAACAAAGCUUCCCAUUCCCCUGAAGGAGGCACUUGCAAAGGGGGUGAUCACCCCCGAAGGGGCUGCACUUUUGCGUGGCUUGCUGAGAAUCACAGUCAGCACUGCUACUGUGACCAAGACUAUCACUCGCUACGUCACUGUGUCAUCACAUGGUUCACAGGAUGCGCCAUUAACUGCGGAGGAUCAAACGCUGCAGGAAGCCAUGCAAAGUGGCCUGCUGAGCCCCGAUACAGAGUGGCCCACUGACGUAGGUGACCUUGCCAAUCGAACACCUGUGACUCCAGAGCCAAUUCGGAGAACUGAGGCCCACCUCAUGUAUGACGACACAGAAGACAUCACCGGAGAAGGAAGUAUGUUGCAUAGCAGCAGAAGGGUUGUGGAUAAACAUUUGCAGACAUUUGGAGAAUAUGGUGACAUUGCAGAUCAGGUUGAUCAGCUUUUGGAAGAUGACCCACAAGAGCCCACUGUGACAGAUUCUGGCUUACCCAGGAAAAAACCUCGGGGCUCGCCACCUAAAGAGGCUUCUGAUAAGGAUUUCUCAAGGCCACCAAAGGAACGCAAGGUUCCUAUUUCUCAUGCACCACCUUUGACUGCAGAUGAGGAAGAGAGCAUACACACUGUCACUUAUCACGUAACAUCCAGGCAUGAAUUUUUUGAAAAGUCUCACGUUGUUCAUGAUAUGCACACAGGUACACUCGAAGAAAGAUCAGAUGCAGUCACUAGAGGCAUUUUUGACCAUGAAACAGACCAAUCUAAGAGACCAGACACACAAGCCAAGCCUGACAAGGAAGUUGAGGAGACAAAGGACAGGAUGCCGACAAACGUAGGGGUUAAGCGGCCUGGUGACACAUCACCCGUGAGAACAAGGAGCCCAACAAAAACCCUGGCCAAGGGCACAGAACAUCCCACUGGUGACGAGAAACAGCCUUCACAAUCGGGCAGGCCUUCAAUGCCUGAACCUGCUGCUAGCAAACCAGCCUUGAAGACCUUACAUGACAAACACGAUGAUCUUUCAGAGCACAAGAGUGUUGAAGAUGUUAGAGUUUCAGUGACCCAAACAUCUACGAGGUCCGUUGACAUUUCCCAGCUUGAGAAAAUUUCGCCAACUAAGGAACCUGAGCAGGUCAAAAGGACACAACCAUCCUCACCAGCUGUAUCACCUAAAGGCAAAAAAAGCCUGCCUUUGGGUCAGUCACCAUCUGAAGGCAGUCCUGUGACCACAAAAGAGCCAUUUACCAAACGCAUGCUGUCUGAGGAUGUUACAGAAAAUAAGGAGUCUGUGCUCAUUGAGGAAAUGCUAGAGGAAGUUCUUGAAGAAUCCCGAAUGCGUGAUAGCCAUGAUGACCUUUCAGGUGUGCAACUGAAUGGUGGCCCAGAGAUGAGAAAACCUGAAGCUUUAAAAUCUUCCCCACCAAAAGAAAAGCCACCUCCAGUACCGAAAAGCAAAGUGUCACCAUCGAGAAGCACACAAGAAAUUCAGGAUGUCUCUCCAAGAAAGGGUAUGCCUGAAUCAGUGGAGAACAGAGAUAUAUCCCCAUCAAAGCAGGAGGAGCCCUUGAUACCACACGGGGAAACCCCAUUCAAGGGCAAGUCACCUGCUGCCAGAACAGUGCCGGAAAGAGACGAGUCUCCUAUGAAAAAGGCUCCAUCAUCACCUGAAAGGAGAGGUAUGUCCCCACCUAAAAAAACUAUUGGGGCACCUGAUGCCAAAGAUGUGGCCCGUACAGAAGUUGUUCUCACAUUGGAAGACAGAAGCCCUUCAACGCUGAGACAACCUGUAUCACCAAAAAAAGCUGUGUCACAGUUUCCGGAGGUGGCAGAAACAUCGGACGAUAAAGAUGUCCUUCCGUCGAAAAUUAAUGUGUCACCAGUACAAAGAACAGCUGAAACACCAAGCCACCGAGGUAAACCUGCAUCAGGACAGGAGGUACCAAAAAGUAGAGAAACAUCUCCAUCUAAACAGAAGGUGCCUUCAGCUUCUGGGAAGAAAGAUUUGUCACCGACAAGGAAGGUCCCUGGAUCGCAGGAUGAAAAAGACAUGCCCUCUUUGAGAAAGGGUGCUAGAACACCAGUAGAGGAUGACACUACAUCCAAAAAGGUGAUGCAUAGGCAAGAGCAAAGAGAUGAAAGGAAUGUCUCCUUACUGGAAGAGGUGACCACUACACUGGAAGUCAGAGACACAUCACUACCCGAAAGAAUGCCUGGAACACUGGAGGGAAGAGAUAGAUCCCCGUUAAGGAAAGUACCUGAUAAACCAGAAGAUAGGGACUUGUCGCCACGUAGAAAGGCACCAACAUCGCCAAGCAAAAAAGAUGUUUCCCAACCAGAAAGAGCUGGAGUACCAAAGGAAAGAGAUGUGUCACCACCUAAAGAGGUGUCCAAGUCUCCAGAGAAGAGACAUGCGUCACCACCUAAAGAGGCACCCUGGUUUCCAGGAAAAAGAGAAGUGUCCCCUCCAAAAGGUACUCCAGUAUCUCCAGAGGAGAAAGAGAAGCUUCAAUUGAGAGAUGUUUCAGGAUCACCGACGGGCAGAGAGGUGUCCACACCAGAAAAAGUGUUUGAUGUUCCAUCGAAAGGGGUGUCUCUGCUAGAGAAGGCACCUGGUACACAAGAAGGAAGAGAUGUAUCAGCAUUGAAACAAAGUCCGGAGUCACCGCAUUCAAGAGAUGUGUCACCACCUAAAAGAGUGCCAGAGGCAAGAGAGGUGUCACCAUUGAGGAAGACGCCUAGUGGCCCAGAAGGCAGGGAUGUGUCACCUGCCAAACAUGAACCUGGAUUGUCAAAGUGGAGAGAUGGCUCUCCAUCAGGAAGUAUCCCUGCAACACCAGAAGGAAGGGUUGGGGCCCCACUUCAAGAGGCACCUGAAAAACCAGAAAGCAAAGAUACUUUGCCUUCUAAACACGUGCCCGGAAUUCCAGAGAAGAGGGGUGUGUCACCACCAAAAAGGAGACCUGGAAGUGUAUCACCAGAAAAGAGGGAUACGUCACCACCAAAAAGGACACCCAAAGCAAAAGAGGAUAAGGCACCUUUCCCAUCAGGAGAGGCACCAAAGAUGCUAGAAGAAAGAGAGGUGUCCACAGUGCGAAGGUCACCUGGGAUGCCAGAAGACAGAGAUGUGCCAUUACCUAAACGCAUUUCUGCAUCACCAGAGAGGCGGGAUGUGUCACCACCCAAGAAAACGCCUGUUGUACCAGAGGACGCAUACAGAGAGGGGUCUUCAUUGAGUAAAGCGCCUGAAAUGCCAGAAGGUGUACUUAUGCCACCAUCUGAAAGGGAGCCCGGAAAGAUUGACGAAAAAGAUCUCUCCCCACUGCAAAAGGUGCCUAGCAGCCUCAAAGGCAGAGAUGCUUCACCGCCGAAGAAGGUCCCUGGAAGAGAUGUAUCUCCAGUGAAAAAAGUGCCUGGAACACCAGAGGGCAGGUUAUCGCCACCGAAAAAAGUUCCUGGUUCACCGGAGAAAAAGGAUGUAUCCCCAUCGAGAAAAAUGCCAGAAACAGCUAGGGACACUCCUUUGGGUACAUUGCCAUAUGCAGAGGAAAACAAAAAUGGAAUAUUACCGGAGCACGGGUUGCCUGAGCAGAUGGAAAGCUUUGAUGUGUCUCUCACUUCAAAGGUUUCAGAAACAUUGGAAACAAGAGUUCUGUUUCCAGGAAAACAAAUGGCACCUGAGACACCAGAAGGCCAAGAUGUUUCACCAUCAAGAAAGGUACCUGGGCAGGGAGAUAUGUCUCCUCUUAAAGAAUUAGCUGGGAUGUUGAAAAGCAGAGAUGUACCGCCACUGGAGAAAAUCCCUGGACAGAGCGAAAGCAAGGAUAUUGCUCCAGAAAAGAAGAGCCCUACGUUAUUGAAAAGCAGGGACAGCUCUCCGCCAAAGAAAGCUCCCGGUGCGUCUGGAGAUAGAGGGACAUCUCCUUCCAAGCAGAAAGCACCUGAGACACAAGAACUUGGAUAUGUAUCCCCAGCGGAACGAGCACGUGAAACACCCAAGACAAAACAUGCAUCUCCAGAAAGAAAGAAGCCCGAAUUGCCUGAGCAGCAAGAUAUUUACACAACAGAAAAGGCACCUGAAAUGCCAGAGAGCAAGGAUGUGCAGCUGUCUGUGCAACAAAAUGUGCCUGAAACAUCCGACAGGGCAGGGAAGUAUCCCUCUGUGCAAAAGGUUCCUGUAGAACCAGGACAGAGACAUGCAUCCCCGCCGAGAAAAGUGCCUGAAAUGCUGCAGAAGAAAGGUGAGCCCACACCGGAAAAAAUUCCCAGCAAACCGGAAACCAGGGAUAGGUCCCCGCCGAAACAGAAGCUACCUGAGGCACCGAAAAGCAGAGACGCCUCGCCAUCAAGAAAAGUUCAGUCAAAACCAAAGAGCCGUGAGACUUCUCCUUCGAAACAGAAGGCACCGGAAAGUGUGAAAUCUACGGAAACGUUGCCAUCUCAGGAACCGAUGCGUGAAGUCACUGAGAGCAGACAGCAUAAAUUUGAAGUAGAAGUUCUAGACAUUCCUCCUGGUGGAUGGUAUUUGAAAGAUGCUAUUGAGCAAGGAUUGUUUGAUGCCAAGGAAGGACUGUUCCUUAUACCAGGCACUGAUCGGCUGGUGUCCUUAGAAGAGACAUUGAAAAUGCAGAUUUUGAAUUCUGAUUCAGCAACCAUACAUGAGCCAGGAUCAAAAAGAACUCUUACAUUGACAAGAGCACUCGAAAAGAAUCUGCUUAGUGCAAUGGGGCAUUACCAUGAUGCAAGUACAAAACAAACAUGGACCAUGGAAGAGGCAAUAAAGCGUAAAGUUGUGAUUCUGCUACAGCGCCCAGAUAGUGCAGCCCCUGGGCAUGGGCCAGCAAGAUCUAUCCAUGUCACAAGGGUUGUCGGUCAGCCAGACAUAGUGGAGGUGAAAGCAAGAGAGCUGGAAGCAUCUAGACAAGACUUUCCAAAGUUUUCUGACCUUCAGCCGGAGGAACCUUCAGCCGAUUCCAAAGGGCCACAAGACAGAACUCCUGGCACAUCCUCAACUGUAGCCAGCAUAUUGAAAGGCAGUGCAGGCAACGAAGGAGUCAUUAUUAGAGAAGCAAGCACACAUAAAGAAAUCAAGUUAAAGGAUGCCAUUGGAAAAGGUGUCAUAGAUUUAGGUAAAGACACUUACACUGACAAAAGUACUGGCCGCAGUUGGAAAAUCGAAGAAGCGAUCAAAACAGGCGUGCUUGCCAUUGUUGGUGCACCACUUCUUUUGGGAGCCAAGGCAAUUGGAGCACUCCGAGAAUCGGCCACUGAUGAAAUGGUUCACGCGACGGCUACGUGCUCCGAACCAAUUCGUACUACUCGUGAAGUCACCAAAGUGGUUCGUCACACAAGUUUGCAAAUCAGGGAUGCUACUACUGGCCGAGAGGUGCCCUUGGAAGAAGCUGUGGCAUUGGGGCUCAUCAACGAAGAUUCUGCCAAAGAAUUACAGGAUGGCGCAAAGACCACCACCGAGCAGAGUGUGCACACCACUACCACAGUGCUUGUCACAGACCCUGUUACUGGGGAUACCAUGACCCUUGCUGAGGCCCUUGAGCAGGGCUGCCUUGAUUCAGAAACAGCUGCCAAGCUCCAGCGGGGCAAUGUCACGGGUGUUGUGACCAGUGUACAUACCCGUCUUGAGGGUUCAGGCAAGGGCAGUACAGUGGCAUACCAGGAGUUGCUGAGUGCUCCUAGGGAAGUGACGAGCAAGCAUGUGGAAGAGGCACGGUACGCGGUGCCACGCUUUGAGGUAAUGCUUGGCAGGGCAACAUCAUCCCAGCAGCCCACCUUGCAGAAGGUGCGCAGAUUGGUAGUCAGCCCUAAAGAAGCCCAGAGCAAGGGAAUAGCUGACAAAGGCUUAGUGCUCGAACCUCAGCAGGGCCGCUGGUUGCCUCAGAGUGAAGCCGAAGCUGCAGGUCUUCUAGACGCUCGCACAGGGGACGUGCUCGUGCCCGUGGGCCGGCCACUGUCAUUGCCAGAGCUCGUGGAACAAGGGCUUGUAGAGCCAGUAUCCCAACGAAUCGUGCAUCCUGAAACUGGGGCCCUCUUAACAAUGGAAGAGGCUGUUCUCUGUGACAUUGCUAAUCCAAUGUCGGUAGUACCAGGACCAGAGUCCCCAUUAACUUUGGAGGAGGCACUUGUCUCUCAGGUUGUUGACAAAGAGUCUGGUUCUCUCACAGUGGCACCAGGUUCUUCGGUGACUCUGGCAGAUUCUGUAUUGAAGCUCAGAGUAUUUGACAAGCUUGACACACCAAAGUCUGUGAUCCCUAUACCAAUGCUUGCCCCAACUUUUCCUGUUGCAUUGCGUCGUGGGGUUGUUAACGUAACUGAGGGCACAUACACUCACCCAGUGACAAAAGAAACAAUAACUUUGGAGCAGGCCAUCAAAGAUGGCUUGCUUUUGCCAACUCCCUCGAUCCCCACACAGGAUAGCUUGUAUGUAUGUGAAGCAGUGAAUCGAGGUUUGAUUGACCAGACUGCCUUCACCAUGAGAAAUCCCCUUACUGGGCAAGAUGUGUCCGUAGAGGAUGCAAUGGACUCUGGUCUUUUACAGCUUGUACCAUUUGACAAGACAAAAUUCACAUCUUAUAGUGAUGUAGAGCACAGUAUCAGAUACAUUGCUCCUGUGCUUUACCGUACUACUGUAAUCAGAGGCACCACCAUCAUCAUCAGGCCCGGUUACACUAUGCCGGAACCAGGACGUGUUCAAAAUGUGGACACUGGUGAGGUUUUCUCUUUAGAUGAGGCUAAAGAACUUGGGAUUGUUCAGAUACAGGAAUCUGUGGAAAAGCCCACCUUGUUGGAAGCUGUGCAGCAAGGCAUGGUCGAUUUAGAGCGAGGUCUCUACAUUGCAGAUGGUGCGAGUCUUCCGAUUAGUGAGGCAUUUUCUUCUAACCUCAUAGCUCGCGACAGCACAGGCUCAUUACACCCUGGCAAGUACACCCUUAUUCAACUCUUUGAACUGUACUAUGAUGAUGAUAUGCAUUUGUUUUGGGUUCCAAACAGUAGCCAGCCUUUGAGCCUUGAUGAAGUGACGAAAGCUGGAUAUCUUGAUCUAAGCACAGUGCUGCUUGACAUUGAUGAAGGUCGUAUCUUCACCGUUCAAGAUGGUAUCAGCUCGGGCUACAUUGACACUGAAACUGAAAAACUUAGAAGGCAUGGCCGAGAGCCCGUGCUUAUAUGGGAAGCCAUUAGAUCUGGGUUCUUGGUGGCCAUUGAUGCGCCCUUGCUUCCAAUGUUGCCAAGAAGAUUCGGGCGUGUGACAGAUCAUGAGACUGAAGAUAUCAAGGGCCGCUUAUCUCCUUCAAAGCAAUAUUCACCACAAACUCAGCCUGGUCAAGCUGGAGCUGGAGGAUCUAUUCCUACUGAGGAAUCUUCAGUGCCAAAGAGGCCAGCCAGGAAAAUGCGACCCGAGUCUCCUGGUAGCAAGAGGACUGCAACUAGCUCACCGUCACCCAGCAAGGAAGUUGCACCCAAGUCUCCAACAAAGGAAGUUGCACCCAAGUCUCCAACAAAGGAAGUUGCACCCAAGUCUCCAACAAAGGAAGUCGCACCCAAGUCUCCAACAAAGGAAGUUGCACCCAAGUCUCCAUCAAAGGAAGUUGCAACCAAGUCGCCAACAAAGGGAGUUGCACCCAAGUCACCAACGAAGGAAAUUGCACCAAAAUCACCAACAAAGGAAAUUUCACCCAAGUCACCAACAAGGGAAAUUGCACCUGAGUCGCCAACAAAGGAAAUUUCACAGGAGUCUUCAACAGAGGAAGUUGCACCUAGGUCUCCAACAAAGGAUGUUGCUCUGAAGUCGCCAGUGAAGGAAGUUGCGCCCAAAUCUUCCGAGAAGGAAGUUGCACCCAAGUCACCAACAAAGGAAGUUGCGCCCAAGUCUCCCACGAAGGUAGUUUCACCCAAGUCUCCCACGAAGGAAGUUGCACCCAAGUCUCCCACGAAGGAAGUUGCGCCCAAGUCUCCCACGAAGGAAGUUGCGCCCAAGUCUCCCACGAAGGAAGUUGCGCCCAAGUCCCCCACGAAGGAAGUUGCGCCCAAGUCUCCCACGAAGGAUGUUGCGCCCAAAUCUCCCGAGAAGGAUGUUGCGUCCAAAUCUCCCGAGAAGGAAGCUGCUUCGAGAUCCCCUUCUAAAGAAAUUGCUUCGAAGUCUCCUAUUAAAGAAGCACCUUCAACGCUUGCUUCUAGGGAUGUUGUGUCAAAGUCUCCCACAUCUUCAGCUAAGGGAACUUUUCCAAGGUCUUCAGAUAAGGAGGCAUUUUCUGAGUCUCCAGAUAGAGAAAUCCUAAAGUCUCCGUUAAAGGAAGUGGCUCCAAAAUUUACAGAGAAGGAAUCUUGUGCAACCCCCACAUCUCCAAUGAAGGAAACUGUUCCAAGAUCGCCAAGCAGAGAAGUCAAGCUGAAGUCUCCGACCAAGGAGGUUAUCUCAGUGUCUCCAGCUAGAGAUGUUGCUCCAAGAUCUCCAACUAAGGAAACUUCUCCAGUUAAAGAAGUUGCACGAAAGUCGCCAGCAAAGGAAGUUUCACCAAAGUUUCCAGUCAAGGAGGUUGUUACAACUACACCAGCUAAACAGACACCUCGAAAGUCUCCAGCAAAAGAAGUCUCUUCUAGACAGCCAUUAAAAGAAUCUUCCCAGAAAACUUCACCCAGGGAAGACUCCUCAAAGUUUCCAGUCAAGCCUUCGGAUCGGAAAGCACCGGUGAAGAUGCCACCUGGUGACCUGGAUAAAACUGAAGGAGAGAUUUUGCCAACUACUGAAGUUUCGACCUUCAGUAGCACUGAAGUGGUUGUGAAGCAGACGUUCACAGAGUACCGGAAGGACUACGAAGCAGAGCUGGUUGUAGGGCAAAAACUGCCUCUUCGCACCCUUAUUCAGCGAGAUGCAAUGGCACCUCGAAACUUUUUGGUGUUUAUUCCGAGCUCAGGACGAACAAUGCACUUGGAGGACGCACUGGCCACAUGGCAGGUCACUGAAGACAACAUCGUGAUGGUGCGAAGCAUGAACGAGCUAGUGGUCAUGGACCAGGUUGCUCCCGAAUUCACGCUGGACUCUGCCACAUCUGAGGGAAUGUACAACACAAAACUCAAGACUUUCACCAACCCCAAGACAAAGAAGCCAAUCUCUUUUGCUGAAUUUGUAGCCAGAAAAUUUGUUGACCUUUCCAAUGUCACUGUUCAAGAUUUCAAGACUAGAAAGAUGAUUACACUGGAGGAAGCUCUGGAGCGAAACAUUGUCGACAGAGAAACUGGGCAAAUGGUGCAUCCAGAAACAAAGAAACCUGUCUCCUUCUUCGAAGCGAGUGUCUUGGGCUGGAUUGUUUGGGAGACCACGGUUGUCACCCAGACAGGGCAGCUGACUCUAGCUCAGGCUAUUCGAGGGCUCAGCUUUGACCAAGAAAAGGCGGCAGCGCAGGAGCGGUGCAAGACCUGUGAUGAAGAAAUCGCUGAGCUGUCCCAGUGGAUUGAAGACAUUGAGUUGCGCCUUGCCAACCUUGGGGCUGUCUCAGAGGACUCAGACAUCUUGCGACAACAGCUGUCGACUGCCAAGUCCCUGCGUGAAGAGCUGGAGCUGAAGCAGCCGCGGGUUCUGUCACUGUUUGACGAGGUCCGGCAGCUGUCUUCCAGCGAGCUGCUUUCGCGGGAUGAAACGGAUGCCCUGCAGCGGCCCCUGGCCCAAUGCCGAGGGCGCCUCGAGCUCUGUCAGGAGCGCAGUGAGCGCCUAGCGCGACGCCUGGCUGCCGCUCUCGAGGAGCUGCUCAAGUACACAGGAGAGAUGCAGGUCUUCCGGACGUGGCUGGACAAUGCCCGCAAGGUCUUGACCAGGCAUGAGGAACUGUUGGACGACAUCCGCAAUGUGGCUGACAAUGCUGACCACUACAGAGCAUUUUCGAGCGAUGUGAUAGCCCAUCAAGCAGACCUUCGUUUUAUAACCAUGGCUGCUCAGCGAUUUGUGGAUGAGUCCAAGGAAUACCUGCGCAUGCUGAAUGACCACCGGACAAGCCUGCCACAGAGGCUGAGCCAUUUGGAGCCCUCCGAGAGCGAGGUUCGCGCCGAGGUGUCUCACGUGAGCACCGAGUACCAGAACCUGCUGAGUCGCGUGAACAAGCUUGGGGACCAGUUCUCCAGCCUGACCGAACGCAAGCGUGCUUACCACGAGGCCAUGGAGAGGGCCACGGCCUGGCUGAACGAGGCACAGCGCAGCGCCAAGCGGCUGCUUGAGGAGCCGACGGCAGCCGAGCCACCUGCUAUCCAGGAGCAACUGGAGCGUGUGCGGGCCUUCCACCUCGAGGCAGUGGGCCAGGGACGGCUGAUCGAAACGGCCAAGCAGGCUGCUCAGGUGCUGCCACCGUCCGGCGGACCUGCCGUCGAGGAGGCGGUGCGCAACCUGGAGGAGGUGUACCAGCAGAUGCUGUCGCUCGUGGGUGAGCGCAGCAAACAGCUGCAGACGGCACUCGUGCAGUCGCAAGACAUCGCAGAUGGCCUGGACCGUGUGCUAAGGCUGCUCGAUGAACUGGAGGCUACCCAACGGGGCCAGAGUGCCAAGCUUGCCAGCUUAAUGAGGGAUCGUCUUGAUGAGCAGAUUCAUGAACACCGUGUGCUUCGGUCAGAAAUUGAUGGCCAGCGUCCAUUCAUUGAUGCUCUCAAUGCCUCUGCGCGGGAGUUGCCUGGCAAUGCUCGCUUGGCCAAGAAAGUGGAGGCCAAGCUCAAGGACAUCAACAGCCGCUACGAGAAAGUGCUCGACAAGUCAACGAGGAGGGGUGAAUUGCUUGACGAGGUGUCAAGCUGCCUGGACCAAUUCACUGGCAUGGCAAACCGCUUUGAAGAGUGGCUUGCCAGUGUGCUGCAAGCCGUGGAGGGCGAAGAGCAGCCGCGCCUCGAGCACGCCAUGAACCAGCGCAACCUGCGCAAGGAUGAGUUUGAGGACCUGCUGCGUGCGGGACGUGCCUUGUGUGCCAAACGAGAUGUCACUGACACUGGGCCUGUGCGUGACAAGGUGAAGCAGCUGGAGCAACAGUGGAAAGAACUUGGCGAGCUGCUGUCUGAACGUGAGAGGCAAGGACGGCAGCGGGCUGAGCAAGGGGCAGCGUAUGAGACACUGCGACAGCAAGUGUUGUCAUGGCUGCAGACAACUGAGGGACGUCUCGACACCCUUGGUUCCCUGGCACUGGACAAGGACAUCCUGCGCCGACAGGCUGCCGAGAUCAAGCCUCUGGUGAAGGAGCAUGCCGAGUACGCAUCCACCAUGGACCGUGUCAACGAGUUGGGUCGCAGCUAUGACGCGCUGCGGGUGGACAGCCGCUCACGCCCCCCUGCCCGCAAGGGAGGAAGCCCCCACAAGGAACCCUAUGCCAAUGGCAGUGGUGCUCAUGAGUCAUCACCCGAAGGAAGGGCACUGCAGAGUCCACAGUCCAGUGCCUCCAGUGGUUUUAGCAGUAGGCACAGCUCGAUCGACCAGUUUGGGCCCCUUGAGGACCUGAGCCCCGUGCAGCAGCAGCUGUCCGAGAUGAACCACCGUUACCACCUGCUAGGUGUGCGCCUCUCGGACCGGCAGCAGGAGGCAGACUCGUUAUCCGAGGAGCUGCGCACGUGCACCGAGGCCCUCCGCACCCUGCUCGCAUUUGUGAAGAGCCGUAGCGUGCCCCGCGAUUUGCCAGCCAGCCAGGAGCUGGCACACCAGCAACUGUCUCAGCUGCGCGAGCUGCAGACGGAGCUGCAGGAGAAGCAACUCGAAGUAGACCGGGCACGCCUUCAGGCCCAGGAGCUGCUGCGGCGCCGGCCACAAGCACCCGGCUCUGAUGCCCUUCAGGCACAGCUGGACGAGCUGCUGAGUCGGUGGCAAGGGCUACAGGGGGCCCUCCGCUCGCGCCUCCUCCUGAUACAGUUGCUGAAGGAGUUCCAGGAUACCCAUGAUCUUCUUCACAACUGGCUCAUCCAGAAAGACAAGAUGUUCCAGGUGCUGGGCCCAAUCGCCACCGAGCCACGUCUCGUGGCUGCCCAGACACAGCAGGUGCUGUGCAUGCGAGACGAGCUGACCUCUCAGGAGCCCCUGCUUCGACGCCUCACCACCUGCGCACAGGAAUUGCUCGACCAGCUGGAUGACAAGGAUGGCCCGACUGCGCGACGCCUUCGUGAACAACUGGAUGGCAUAAAACGGCACUGGGCCGAGAUGGUGUCCAGGCUGGAGGAGCGCGAGCGCGCACUGGGGGCGGCCACUGGAGCCUCGGCCGAAUUCCAGACAGUCCUGGCUCGCCUCUUGGACAGUUUGCAGGGUGUUGGCGAUGACUUUGAGCGCCUCUCGGAGGCUGGAGACUGUGAGGCCCAGCUUCGUCGCCUGGCAGCCCUGGAGGAACGCCUUGAAGCCCAACGACCACCACUGGCCGAAGCCGAAGCCCGAGCCGAGAACCUCUGUGAGCUGCUCUCUGAUGCAGCCUCGCGCUCGGAGGUCAGGGCACGCUUGGGCAGUGCUCAGAAGCUCUACAAUGGCCUCAACCGCAAGAUCAACAACCGCAAAGCAGAAUUGGAGUCAUCACUGAAGGAGGACCGAGGCUUCUUCUCGAACUGUGACAGCAUUCAGGAAUGGCUUCGUGGCAUCCAGCUCAGCCUUGCUCCUGACCUGAAGAUCUCAGCCGACACCGACAUUCUUCACAAGCAGGUCACUGAGUUUGAGCCAGCAUACAAAAGCCUGCUGGACAAAGAGCACGAGGUGCACCUGGUUCUGAGCAAGGGAGCCGACAUGGUGACCCGCAUGAGCCGCAAGCAGGAAGCCCAGCAGCUGCGCACACGCCUCGAUGGCCUGCGCCGUGGCUGGGACCAGCUCCGCAAGGAGGCCACCGACAGACACACGCGGCUGCAGCGGGCAUUCGAGAACUGCAAGAAGUUUAAUGCAGCUUUUAACAAGUUUGGACCUUGGCUGCAGUCGGCUGAAGGUCGCCUGUCCACUCUGACCCUGGUCAACUAUCAGCGGGCGGAAGUGGAGAGGCAGGCCAAGGAACUGCAGGCGUUCAAAAAUGAUUUGUCAAGGCACAGUCAGGAGUACGACAGUGUACGCAACCUGGGCGAAACAUUCCUGGCGGGCUGUGAUGUCGACAAGGAAGGCGUCAAAAAGGACUUGGACACGCUUCGCGCCCGGUGGGAGAAACUCAACCACGGUGUGACCGAGAGGAGCCGUCAGUUGGAUGAGGUCUCAAGCAAGCUGUGCGAGUUCCAGGAGAAGGCUGGCGAGUUGGGCCACGGCCUGCAGCGACUCGAGGACAAGCUUGCGUCCCACGAUGCUCUGGGCGAGGCAGCACGCAACCCUCGCCUCCUUGACCGGCUGCAGGGCAUGGCACGUGAAGCCGACGAGCUGCGCCGCGGCCUCGAUCGGCUGCGCGCGUUCACCGACACUUGGCUGGCCUCGGCCUCGCCAGAGUGCGACACCUCGCACGUGCGCGGCCAGCUUGAUGCCCUGGUGCGUCGGCACCAGCAGCUGGCACACGACUUGCAGGACCGCUGCGGACAGCUCGAAGAGGCGGGAACGGUGGUGGCCCAGUACCACGCAAAGGUAAAGACAGCCCAACAAGACUUGAGCAGCCUGGAAGAAGAGUUGGAGACCAUGGGCCCCAUUGGACGAGACAUCAAGACAGUUCGAAGCCAAAUCGAUCAAGUGAAGAGUUUCCAAGAGCGCCUCUCGUCUGCUGCUCGCGAGGUUGACAAGGCGGAGCAGGAAUGCCAGGAGCUCAUUUCUCAAGGAUACACUCAGGACGCCAAGGGUGCCCGAGCACAGGUGGAGACGCUGCGUAGGCAGCUCAACAGACUGGAGGAGCGGGCGCGUGGCCGCCACAGCUCCCUGGAGGCCAUGCUGGCCAAACUGGAGAAGUUCUACGAGGACCUGCACACCACCCAGAGGCGCGUCGGAGGCGCUUUGGGAGAGGAGCACACAUUCCGGCCUGUGGCAGCUGACGUGGAGAGCUUGCGCAGUCAGCAGGAGCAGUUCAAGCAAUUCCGCAAGUCUCAUGUGGAGCCACUGGGUCGUGAAGUUGACAACGUGAAUCGAGCUGGCAACGCGCUGAUCCAGUCGGCAUCGCCAGGUGUCAACACAACUCUCCUGGAACGAGACAUUGACAAACUCAACGACGAGUGGAACCAGCUGAAGGAGAAGGUUGGAGAACGCGAGCGUCUGCUCGAGGCAGCGCUGCUGCAGUCGGGCAAGUUCCAGGAGGCCCUGGCCGGGGUGGCACGCUGGCUGGAAGACACGGAGGAGCUGGUGGCCAAUCAGCGGGCUCCGUCGGCUGACUACAAGGUGCUCAAGGCACAGCUGCAGGAACAGAAGUUCCUCAACAAGCUGCUGCUCGACCGGCAGGGCAGCAUGAACUCGCUGCAGGCCAUGGGCACCGAGGUCAUGCGGCACCUAUCGUCAGCCGACAAGGCCCACGUGCAGGCACAGCUGCACGACCUAAGCCAGCGAUUCGACCGGCUAAUGCGAGGUGCACAAGAACGCACGGCAGCCCUGGAGAGGACACUGCCCGUGGCUCGGUCGUUCCAGGAGCAGCUGUCACCGCUUGUCGAGUGGCUGGAGCAAACAGAACGACGGCUCACGGCCAUGUCCACCUUGCCGACGGACGCCGACCGCCUUGCACAGCGGGCGCAAGAACACCGUGAACUUCAUCGUGAUGUGCUGGGGCACAAGCGAGCCUUUGAGGCCCUCACCGAGACAGCUCAGCAGCUCAUGUCUCUGGUGGGCGACGACGAGGCCCAGGCUGUGGUCGACUCGCUCCAAGAAUUGACGGACCGCUACGCUCGCCUGGUUGGGGACAGCGAGCAUCUGGAACAGCUUCUGACGGAGGCACGUGCGGGUGCUGGUGCCUUUGCACUCGCCUUUGAGGACCUGCUUGUCUGGAUAGGCGAAAUGGAGUCUCGCCUUGCACGCUACCAAGUGCUCAGCGUCUACGUUGAGAAGCUGCAGGAGCAGUUUGACGAGCUGAAUGAACUGAGCGAGGAGGUGUCUGAUCACCAAAAGCAGGUCGACGAGCUGAGUGGGUCUGGGCAGGAGCUGAUGCGGCAUGCGUCGGGCAACGAUGCCAUCCAGCUGAAAGACCGGCUAGAUUCUCUGCAGUUGCGUUACACAGACUUGGCACAGCGUGCGGCAGAGCGCCUGCGACAGGCUCGCGAGGCCCUGCCUGUCGCUCAAAACUUCCACACUGCCCACGAACGUCUCAUCCGGUGGAUGGACGACGCUGAAGCACAGCUGCGGUCUCUCGAGGCUGCAGCCCUCACUGCCCAAGAGAGCACCAUGCAGCGUCUUGAGCAGGAGCUGCAAGAGAUGCGUGGUGUGUUGGAAGUCGUGAACCACCUGGGCCCACAGCUGUGUCAGCGAUCACCCGGAGAAGGUGCAGGUGUAGUUGAAGCCAUGGUGUCUCGUGCCAACCGCCGCUUUGACGCCAUCUGCGAACAGAUCCAGCGGCGUGCUGAGCGCCUUGAGCUGUCGCGUCAGCGCAGCCUUGAAGUAACUGGUGACCUAGAAGACCUGCUCGACUGGUUCCACGAGGUUGAGCGCCAGCUGGCUGAUGCUCAGCCCAUUGUGGCCGAGCCAGACACACUGGCUGCCAUGCUUCGGGAGCAGAAGGCGCUGAGUGAAGAGGUGAGCAGUCAGAAGGGCCGCGUGCGGGAUGUCUUGUCAGCAGCCAAGAAGGUCGCGCGGGAAUGGCCAGCCGAAGAUCAGGCAGCCGUGCGGGACCGAGCAGAAGAGCUGCGGGCGCUGUCGACCCGUGUUGCAGAGGCAUGUGCCGAACGGCUGGCAGCACUGGAACAGGCACUGCCACUGGCCGAGCACCUGCUUGAGGCCCACAGCGAGCUGGUCGCAUGGCUGGAUGAGGCCGAGUCCGAGGCCGAAAGGCUCGCUGCCCCUGCAGCCCCACACCCGGCACACAUCCAGAGGCAGCAGGAGCGUAACCGCGCCCUGCUGCAAGCACUGGCCGAGCAUAAGCCACUGCUUGACCGGCUCAACAAGGCGGGCACAGCACUGGCAAAACUGUGUCGACCACCCGAUGCUCAAAAGGUGCAGCGAUUGCUUAGCUCAGACAAUGAGCGCUACAACACACUUCGCAAGCUGCUGCGUGACCAGCAGAAUCUCCUUGAGGAGGCCAUGCAGUCCACCUCCCAGUUUGCUGACAAGUUGGACGGUAUGCUGAGUGCACUGGCUUCAACAGCCGACCAGCUGAACAAUGCAGAGCCCAUCUCUGCACACCCUGAGCGCAUCCAAGAGCAGAUUAGCGACAACCAAGCUGUGGUGAGCGACCUGGGAAAGAAGUCGCCUGCCUUGGAGGCUGUGCAGAAGGCUGCCCGUGAGGUCAUUGCCAAAGCUGGGGGAGAUAAGGAGCCUAGUGUGCGAGACAUCCGGCAAAAGCUGGAGCGACUCAAUGGCUUGUGGGAGGCAGUCCAGCAGGCAGCGCGCACGCGAGGCCAGUCCCUGGAGAGUGCAUUGGCCGUGGCGGAGCGCUUCUGGGAGGAACUGAACGCUGUCAUGCGGGCGCUUCGUGACCUCCAGGAGAACCUGGACAGCCAGGAACCGCCAGCUGUCGAGCCGCAAGCCAUCCACCAGCAACAGGAGGUGCUGCACGAGAUCAAGCAGGAGAUGGAACAGACCCGACCCGAAGUGGACCAGUGCCGCCAGGCAGGUCAAGACCUCAUGCAGCUGUGUGGGGAGCCUGACCGACCAGAAGUCAAGCGCCACAUUGAAGACCUGGACACCGCCUGGGAGAACGUGACCACCCUGUAUGCCAAGCGGGAGCAAAACCUCAUCGAUGCCCUGGACAAGGCCAUGGGCUUUCACGACACCCUUCACAACUUGCUCGAGUUCUUGGACACAGCUGAGCAGAAGUUUGGCAGCCUUGGACCUGUGGCAGCUGACAUUGAUGCCGUCAAAGCACAGAUUGGACAGCUCAGGGACUUCAAGCGGGAGGUGGACCCACACAUGGUGGAGGUGGAGUCACUCAACCGCCAAGCCAAAGAACUCUCCGAGCAGACUUCAUCCGAGCAGGCACGCGCAUUACGGCAGCCCCUGGACGAGAUCAACCGGCGCUGGACCGCUUUGCUCCGAGGCCUGGUGGAUAGGCAGCGUGAGCUCGAGAAUGCGCUACUGCGGCUGGGCCAGUUCCAGCACGCACUAGGAGAGCUGCUGGUGUGGAUGGCACGCACUGAGCGUGCACUCGACGAAUGCCGACCAGUUGCUGGCGAUGCCCAAGUCAUCGAGGUCGAGUUGGCCAAGCACAAGGUGCUGAUGAAUGACAUCCAAGCGCACCAAAGCAGUGUGGACACGCUGAACCGGGCUGGUCAUCAGCUGAUUGAAGCAGACCGGCACAGCGAGGACGCCAGUGUUACACAGACCAAGUUAGCCGACCUCAACCGGCGAUGGAAGGCACUGCAAGACAAAGCGGCUGAGCGCCAGCAGCAGUUGGAAGCUGCCUUGCGAGAGGCUCAAGCCUUCAACCAAGAGAUACAAGACUUGCUGAUGUGGCUGAGUGACAUUGACGGUCAGCUAGCAUCAUCCAAGCCUGUUGGUGGGCUACCAGAAACAGCGAGGGAACAGCUCAACCGUUUCAUGGAGCUGUACAACGAACUGGACAGCAACAGACACAGGGUGGAGUCUGUGUUGCAGCAAGGCCAGGAGUACACACGUGCAGCCGAGGGCUCCACAGGGCUGCAGCACAGCUUGCGCACACUCAAACAACGAUGGGACAAUGUCCUCAACCGGGCCAAUGACCGCAAGAUCAAGCUGGAGAUUGCACUCAAGGAGGCGACAGAAUUCCACGAAUCACUUCAGGAGUUUGUGGAAUGGCUCACACAUGCGGAAAAGUCUUUGGCAAGCCUGCGGCCUGUGAGCCGAGUCUUGGAGAAUGUGCUAAGCCAGAUUGAAGAGCAUAAGAGCUUCCAGAAGGAUGUGGGCGCCCACCGGGAAACGAUGCUGCAACUGGACAAGAAGGGCACGCACCUCAAGUACUUCAGCCAGAAGCAAGACGUGAUCCUCAUCAAGAACCUGCUCAUCUCAGUGCAACAUCGCUGGGAGCGUGUCGUCUCCAAAGCAGCGGAACGCACUCGUGCUCUGGACCACGGUUACAAGGAGGCCAAGGAGUUCCACGACGCGUGGACCGAACUGGAUCGAUGGUUGACAGAGGCGGACCAGAGCCUUGACGAGCAGCCACCGGCAGGCAAUGACCCCGAGAAAAUUCGGCGCCUGCUGGCGCGGCACCGAGAGUUCCAACGCACCCUGGGGGCCAAGCAGCCGGCGUAUGAUGCCUGCUUGCGCCAGGGGCGGCUCCUGCGCGAGCGCUGUCCCAAGGCUGAUCAGCCAGUUCUGCAGCGCAUGAGCGACGAGCUUAAGGCCAAGUGGAACGCCCUGUGCAACAAGUCGGUCGACAGGCAACGCAAGUUGGAGGAAGCGCUGCUCUUCUCGGGCCAGUUCAAGGAUGCAGUGCAGGCGCUCAUCGACUGGCUGGACCGCGCCCUGACCUCCCUGCAAGCAGACCAGCUGCUGCACGGAGACCUCGACACGGUCAACAACCUCGUCGAACAGCACCGAAGUUUCCAAACGGAGCUGAAGAGCCGCUCGGCCAACCUGGAGUCGGUGCAGCGCACGGCCAGUGAGCUGCUCAAGACGGCCAGUGCCGACGAUGCGGCCAGCAUCCGCAGUCAGAUGUCAUCGCUCGAGUCGAAGUGGGAAGCUGUCUCCAAGCUCUCGGACACCAAGCAGCGAAAGCUCGAAGAGGCUCUCCGCCAGGCAAAGCAACUUCACAAAGCAGUGCACAUGCUGCUGGAGUGGCUUUCUGAUGCAGAGAUGAAGCUGCGAUUUGCGGGCCCUCUGCCUGAGGAUGAAGCGACAACACGACAACAGAUGGAGGAGCAUCAGCAGUUCAUGCGCGAGAUGGAGCAGCAGGAGCACAACAAGGAGAGCACAAUAGCGCUGGCACAGGAGAUUCUGUCCCGGUGUCACCCAGAUGCCGUGACAGUCAUCCGCCACUGGGUCACCAUCAUCCAGUCACGGUGGGAAGAGGUGUCCCUCUGGGCACGCCAGCGGGAGCAGAAGCUGGCCGAGCACCUACGCUCGUUGCGCGACGUGCUUGAGCUCCUCGAGGAACUGAUGCGCUGGCUGCUGGCAGCCGAGGCCAGUCUCAUGACCUUGGAGGCCCAACCACUGCCAGAUGACGUGACCGCCACAGAGCGCCUUCUCGAUGACCACCGGCGUUUCAUGGACGACAUGUCUCAAAGGCAGGCUGACGUGGAUCGCAUCUCCAAGGCCUUUGCCAGCAAGCGCCAGCCGGCCGCUGGUUCGGCCGCAGCUGGUGGAACGAAGGACCGCCCGUCGCAGCAACGACAUGACCGACGCAUGCCCCACGCAGCUUCUCAGAGUACGCCUCGGACGUCCACGCCCACGCGUGGACAUGCUGCCGCAGAGCCUGAAAUCCGGCACCCUCGUGCCCGGGAGUUGGUGGAGAAGUGGCAGCACGUCUGGCUGCUGGCCAUGGAACGCCAGCGCCGAUUGCUGGAGCACCUCAAGUACUUACAAGAGUUGGAGAGCAUCAAGAACUUCGACUUCGAUGAGUGGCGCAGGAGGUUUCUGGGCUGGAUGAACAACAAGAAGUCUCGUGUGAUGGACCUGUUCCGCAAGAUCGACAAAGACAAUGACGGGAAAGUGACCAAGGAGGAGUUCAUUGAAGGAAUCCUCAAGUCGAAAUUCCCCACAAGCAGACUCGAGAUGGAAAGGGUGGCUGACAUUUUUGAUCGAAACGGCGACGGCUACAUCGACCACAAGGAGUACAUUGACACCCUUCGUCCCGAUCGAGAUUGCUUGGUUCAUGGUGCGAAGCAGAACAAGCCCCUUACGGAGGCCGAGAAAAUCCAGGACGAAGUCCAGCGACAGGUUGCCAAGUGCACCUGUGUUCACCGCUUCAAAGUGUUCCAAGUGGGCGAGGGCAAAUACCGGUUUGGUGAAUCUCAGAAGCUGCGCCUGGUGCGCAUCUUGCGUAGCACGGUCAUGGUGCGUGUAGGUGGCGGCUGGGUGGCCCUCGACGAAUUCCUCGUCAAAAACGAUCCCUGCCGAGCCAAGGGGCGCACCAACCUGGAGCUGCGCGAGCAGUUCAUUCUGGCCGAGGGCGUCAGCCAGUCCAUGACGCCCUUCAAGCCCAAGACCUUCUCGCGGGCGGGACCAAUCACCAAGGUGCGAGAAAAGACGGAACGCAGCGUCCCCCUGAGCCAGCAGCAGCAACAGCGCAUUGUUGCCGACGACGAGCUCAGUGACGGCUCAGGCCAGCUGCGGGUCACCCGCCUUGGAACACCCCGAAGCCGGCCUUCAAGCCGGCCAUCAAGCCGACCGUCAAGCAGGCCGCCAAGUCGGGCCAACAGUGACCUGUCCGCGGACAGCAUUGAUGGCUACCACAGCCAGAGAAGGACGCCAUCGGCGACACGCCAACGCACACCCAGCGGAUCAUCGCAGACCAAGAUCCCCACCCCACGACGGCCAACGUCAAGCACAAAGGAUUCUGACGUCAAGCAACAGCGCGAGCGAUGGAAGUGAAAUGCUUCCCGCAGAAAAAGCGCAACCCCUCAGCAGGGUCCACCACACUACUUAUGUUUUUUUUUUGUUGUUGUUGUUGACGCUAGCUUUAUAGAAGUUGGUUGUUAACAUUGUUCUUGUGCUUUUUAAUCCUGCCACAGCUUUUUCUAAAGGGCUUUGCGCCGGUCGCGCAAGAUCGCACAGGUGCGCAUUGUAGUACUUGUACAUAAUAUUGUCGUGAUGCCAGAUCAUGUUGCUGCUGCACUAGUCCAACUAAUAUUUUUGUCUUGCGGAUAUGAUUGCAUCGUGGAUUCCUGUCAAGCAACAAACAGCUGUUCAGAACAUUCCAGCAGCGAUGUCCUUUUUUAUUGUCAUGUUAAGCUCUCUCACCAAAAGCCUCAUAGUAUGCGUAUACUAAUACAACAUUAGUGACUUCUUUCUUUUAGUUGGCCAGAAAACCCUGGUUUUAUUCAGAUUGUUUGCCCACCAAAGGAUUGUGUUAGGUGCCACCACUGGGGCUUCUUGCCGCUCGGCUUCAGUCAAGGCUCCAGCCAUUUGCAUUUCCUAUUGUGUGAGCAUGCAUAGGCUCAGAAACUUAACGCUUUUUAUUUUUUUAGAACCUAGACCUUGCACUUUUGGUCCAUUGCAUUAACCAAAUCGCAGCUGUUGUGUUUAAUAUAGGUAUGAAUAAAGAGACUAUAUACAUUA